GAUAUGACGGCCAGAGAUUUGCUACAGCAAAGGUAUACUCUUCCUAAUGGAGACACUGCUUGGAGACCAUCACCACUUGUUACUGCUGCCCUGGAAGGAAAGCUUGUUAUUCUUGAUGGCAUUCAUCGGAUUAACCCUGGCACUCUAGCUGUGCUUCAAAGACUAAUACAUGACAGAGAACUGACUCUCUAUGAUGGCACCAGAUUGUUAAGGGAAGAUAGAUACCAAAACUUAAAAGAAGAAUUGGAGAUCUCUGAUGAGAAACUGCAGGAAAGGUCUAUUUUUCCUAUCCACCCCUCUUUCAGAAUAGUGGUCUUAGCUGAACCUCCUGUCAUUGGAAGUAGUACCCAACAGUGGCUGGGUCCAGAGUUUCUGACACUGUUUCUUUUUCAUCAUGUUCGAUCUUUAAGCAAGAGUGAAGAAACUCAAGUUAUUAAAGAAAUGAUUCCGAACGUACCCAAUGUUGCUGUGAAGCAGUUGUUGUCAUUAACGCACAAGCUUCGGGAGAUGAAUGACACCACGGCACAGUCACUGGCUUCGUCUCUAUCUACUCGACAACUAUUGCGAAUUUGUCGUCGGCUGUCACAACAUCCAGAUGAAAGCCUCUACUAUGCUGUUAAUAAAGCCUGCCUUUCCAGGUUUUUACCAAACCUUGCCAGAUCAGCAUUACAUAAAAAUCUGCAGGAUUCUGGUAUUGAAACAAGUCCAGAUGACAUGAAGAAACUUGAGGAAAAGGAUUACACGUGUGAAAUAAAUGAUGGGAUUCUGAAGAUAGGGUCUGUGACGAUGCCAAUUUAUAACUCAACCGAGAAAAUGAAAGUGCCUGAUGUUUUGUUUUAUGAAAACGCACAACACAUGAUGGUAAUGGAAGAUAUGCUAAAGGACUUUCUGCUGGGAGAACAUCUUCUUUUAGUUGGUAAUCAGUAACCAUUUUGUUUGAUAUUAAGUAUGUUUUACAUUGA